AAGUUAACAUUUUUCAGCAUAUACAUAUGCUUUUAAGCCAAAAAUAAUUAAAAAUUUGAGCUAAUACUUUUCAGUAGCAAUACAACAUAGGCCAUCGUACAGUUUACGAAAGCACUCAUCGCAACACUGUUCCCGUCGAGUGGGAAAAGUUUGUUUCGCCAAUUGACAUUUUCUUUUUGGGAGUUUUGUUCGAAAAGUGUAAAAUUCUAGUGAGUCGAGUGAAAUUUUUUAAACAACUUCAAAAGCGGCAGGAUUUUAAAAAUAUAAACUCACAUAAAUUGUUUUUAGAAAGCCCGGAAAGUACACAUUGAAGUGCAGCUGAAAAUUUGUUUCAAAGAAGUGUGUGAGUGAAACAUUAAUAACAAGCGACGCCAUCGCAAAAGUAAGUGUAGUGGGAAAAUUAAAGAACCACAAAAAGAAAAUACGCAUACAUUUUCCAUUUUCAAAGACGUACCCAUCCAAAGUGACGCUUUUUACACGGCGCAAGUUCGAUUUGCAUUGAAAACUUUUGUGUGCUCUGUGGGUGCUAAAAGCGAUAGUGCUCAAGGUGAAGGGGAACCAAAAAAAGCGAUAGACGCACAAAUAUCCGUAGAUAGGAAAAUUGGUAUUGUCAGCUAGUUGAGUUGCACAAGACGAACCAACAAAUAAAACACAAGAGCAAAACAAAAGCAAGUAGAAAGUAAGAGCAUCGACGGCAUCGACAGCAUCACGCAGUAUACGUAGCAUUAGCAGACACAACAUUUACAGAAAUCGAAAGUCAUAACCAUGAGUUCGAUAUCAAAUGUGGAAAAUCUGUCACCACAGACAAUUCGUCAAGUAAUGAAGGAAAUGCAGCAGAUGAGCGAAACACCAUUAGAGGGCAUCAAAAUACAAAUAAAUGACGCUGAUGUAACUGACAUUCAAGCGCUAAUCGAAGGUCCUGCUGGCACUCCAUACGCUGGUGGCGUUUUUCGUGUUAAGCUAACACUCGGAAAAGAUUUUCCGCAAUCACCGCCAAAAGCCUUUUUUCUUACAAAAAUAUUUCAUCCAAAUGUGGCGGCUAAUGGUGAAAUUUGCGUAAACACAUUAAAGAAGGAUUGGAAACCUGAUUUGGGUAUUAAACAUAUAUUGCUUACCAUAAAAUGCCUUCUCAUAGUACCAAAUGCGGAAUCUGCGCUAAACGAAGAAGCUGGUAAACUGCUACUGGAGCGUUAUGAUGAUUACUCGCAGCGUGCAAAAAUGAUGACGGAAAUUCAUGCGCAGCCCGCAAAAGGUGCCGCCAGUGGUGAUGCGAAAGAUGAUGAUGGUCCCUCCUCUAAAAAACAUGCUGUCGACAAAAAACUGCAGGACAAGAAAAAAGAAAAGCUCAUAAAAGAGAAGAAACGUAUGUUGAAGCGGUUAUGAGGCGGUAGUUGUAUAUGUAUUAAGCCUUUACCAAAGGGCGGUAACACAACAAGUCACCUUAGCGUUCAAUUCUUUAAAAAAAUUAACAAAAACAAACUAAGCCAAAACAUCCAUGAGCAUUAAGUGGCAAAUGCAAGUAUAGACGCAGCGGCAACAGAAGCAGCAUUAGCAAUUAUAAAUAAUACCCAAUUGCAACAAUAAUAACAACAAAAGCAUAAUAAUAAUAACAGGGUUGAAGUAUGCAGAGGAGAGCACUAAAUUUGGGGACAGCAGCACAGUUCUAACGAACAACACUAAAAAUCACUACACAUGUUAUAAAAAAAUCAGUGUGAAACGGUAUAUUCACUAUGUGCGCUAUUUAUAUGCUACAAGCUUCGUCUGCUGCAUUUCUUUUAUUUCUUUAAUUUGGCACAUUUUAAAUGGAAUGGAUUAUCAUUACAAUAGCUUUAUGUUUUAUUAAUGAAUUAAUUUGGACACGAUACCGUAGGCAUCACAUAAACAAGACACAUACACACACACACAUACACUUCUUUUAAUUGAGCCAUGUUCGAUACAUAAACAUAUAAAUAUAACUUUGUGUAAUUCUCCUUAGCUUUCUCCUAUGAAAUUAGUCAGGAUAGUAUAAUAAUUGUUAUAAAAGAGAAGAACCUAAACACUAUGUAGUAUAAUACUAAGUUUUAUUUAGCAUUAAUUUACCUAAUGUAUUGUUCUAAUUGCAUAUUUAUAAACUCCUAGAAACAAAAAAAUAGAGAAAAUCAAAACUAAUUUUAUAUUUAACGUCUUAUGGACACAUGUACACCAUGUGCAUACAUGUAUGUAUAUAUGCAUUAGGGUGUUCGUUAUUAGCUAAGUUGAUUUUUUUUAACGCCCUCUGAUAUGGCAGGUUUUGCCCACAAAUAUGACAGACAAAUUUAACAGCUCCUCAAACAUUUUAAAUUUUGCAUAUUAAAAAUGUAAAAAAUCAAUUUUGAGAAGAACGGACUCCCUAAUACAUACGUAUAUUUUUCAGAACGAUUCAAUGGCUACACAAUUUCUUUUAUAUAGCAAAAGAGCGAAAUGUUUAGCAUUAUGCGUACUCACAUACAAAAAUGUUUAUGAUUUAUGACUAUGUGUGUAGGAACAUACACACAUUUCCUUUUCUUAUAUUUGUAUGUAUGCGCGCUUUGUUUUUGCAGCAUUUAAGUGCACUUGUGCUCAAAUCAAAAAAACUGCUAACAUUUUCCUUCAAACUCGUACUCGCCACAAAUCGCCAUCCACAACACCCACACACUUACUGCAUGCACAAGUUGGUUAAAUACAUACAUAUAUAUUACUUACUACAUAUAAAUUUAUUGUAUUAAACGUUCAUGCAUUAAAACUGAUAUACAUAUACUGAGAGUGAAGAAAAAACAAAGCAAAAAAAAACAAAAAGAUAACAACAAUGAGAAUCGCCUAACCAACACCUUCCCGUGUACCAUUUUUAGCGUGUAGUAGUCUGAAAAAUAAAAGAAAAGCAAUUGUGCAAACAAAAAAUGUAAAAUGUCAA